GAAGAGCGAGUUAAAUGGCGAGAAAAUGCAUUCUGCACUUUCUCGCAUUUCUCGGUGCUUGAAGAAGGACGAGUGUAUCACGUUGAGACGAGGACGAAGGACACAGAGUCGCGGACGACGAGAGGGUGCAACUCGGAAGGAACAGAUCCGAUGAUUAUGAAGCGGGUAUGAUGCAUCGCUAGAACGAACCUCGUCAGCAGGGCUCGGGCGAGGUUGAGUUUGCAUCGCGGAUCUUUUUUUGCUCCCGACGAGACGUCAUUCCCGAGAGAUCCCGCGUGUCCUUGAGCGUUAUAUAUCAGGCUAGUUAUUCGUUCGAAGUAACGCAACGAGGUAGAGAAUCAUCGACGAACGAACGAAUUCUCGGUUGGUUUCGGCAUGUCGGCGCCGUCUUUGACGGAUCACCAGUCAUCCCGGCGGAGUUUCGAGACAUGCUCGCCGAUGAAUUCGCGGCAGUGACCCAUCCCGACGAGAUUGCCUUUACCCGGUGCUGAGUGAUCGAACGAUGGAGCACCAGGAUCAAGCGGUCCAAGCGAACGAGGAUCAGCAGGCGAAGGUUGACAGAUUGGAAUCGGAAAAUAUUAAAAUGCGAGAGGAAUUUAAUGUACAAAGGGCUAAGAUGAAGGAAUUAUUUCUUCAGAAAGAAGAAGAGUUAAAACGAAGAUUAGAGGAAAAUAUGAUCUUACAAAACGAGAGUCUGAGACUAAAAAAUGAACUGGAUGAAGCUAAAAGCCAACUAGUCGUUGCAGAUCUUAAAAUACAAAAUGAUAUAUUGAUGGAGAAGAGGAAAGCUGAAGAAGAGAUAGCAUCUUUACAACAAGUCAUACAUGAAACGGUGGAAGAGUCUUCUUGUUCGAGGAAACAGCUUGUCAGUGAAGUAUCUAAAUUACAAUUAGCUCUUUCCAAGCUUCAAGAAGAGAAUGCGCUAUUGAAAACGCAAUUGCCGCGCGAUCCACCAACGGAUGGACCACAAAUCUCGUUAUCUACAGUAACUAAAACAUUAGCUAGAAAAGUGGCUUCACAAUUAGGUGCAGAUUCUUUAUCUCUAGGUCCUGAUAAUUUAGAGGAAAGCAUGCGGAAGGUAAAAAAAUAUGCACAGGAAGAUGCAGAAGUUUUACGUUCGUUGGUUGUACCGUUAGAGGAAGAAAUAAAAGCUUUAAAAGAAAAAUUAAGGUCAACCGACGAUGAAUUGCAAAAAUCUAAAGAAACUUUAUUAAAAAGGCGGCAGCAGGAGCCUGGCUCCUUUGAGCCGUCGUGUGAUAUGUGUGCAAACUAUGAGGCACAAUUAGUCAAAGUAGAAGCGACUGCCAAGAAUUUGGAGAAGCAGUUGUUGGAUUCUAAACGUAUGCUACAAGCUCAAAAGGAGGACUUGGCUAAAGAAGUCGAAUUUAGAAAAGAAAUGGAAGGAAAAUGGAAUGAAAAGAAAGAGGAGCAUAAAAUCAAAGUUGCAGAGCUCACGAUUGUCUCGCAAACGACGCAACAAAAUAUAACAGAGUUAAAGAAAAGUUUCGAACUAUUUCAGAAGAGUGUAACAGAAGAGCUUUGUAGAUUGACGCGAAAUAGGGAAGAAGUACAGAGACAUCUCACUGCACUUCAAGCAGAAAAUGAAAAUCUGGUGGGUAAACAAAGCAAGCAUUCACAACAGCUCCAAAGUGAAAGUAUCAAUAUGCCAAAUACCGUUGAGGAAUUGCAGUUUAGCCUUUUAAGAAUGCGCGAAGAUUUAAUUACAGCCAAAAUAGCUCAGGAAGUGGCACAGGAAAAAGAAGAAACACUGCGAUAUGAAGUCACUCUUUUGAGAGAACAAAUGGAACAGGAGAAUAGAGUUAAAGAACAAGAUAAUUGUAUAUUAAAAAAUGAAAUUAGUGGAUUAAGAGCUCAGUUAGAUAAAUACAUAAGAGAUCAUCGUGUACUCGUUGAUAAAGAAAAGAAACUUGAUCAGUUGGAAAAACAGCUGCAGGAAGUUGAGAAAGAGAAGAAAGACGCAGACUCGGCUGUAACCGAACUACAACAAAGAGUUAAGAGUCUACAGCAAGAAUUGGAUACUAGUGAGACAGUGCAAAAAGACUUUGUGAGAUUAUCACAGUCAUUGCAGGUGCAACUGGAAAGGAUCAGACAGGCAGGUAACGAAGUAAGAUGGCAACAUGAAGAGGAUGUUGAAGAAUGUCCUACUUGUCAUACAACAUUCUCAGUUACACGAAAGAAGGUACAUUGUCGUCACUGUGGCCAUAUAUUUUGCCAAUCUUGCCUCUCGCACGUCGUGAACAGUGGGCCGAAACAAAGACCAUCCAGAGUCUGUGAUGUUUGUCAUACUUUAUUAGUGCAAGAUACAGCACCAUACUUCAGUCAAGAAGCUCCACAUACACCUGACUAAAUGUUCUGCAACUACGGGAUUUUGGCGGCAGUUCGAAGACGUGCAAUAUCAGUCUGGUAAUUGAGCAUACUCUGAAAUUAUUAUGUCUCAAGAACGUGAACUGAUUAUUAUCGAAUACCGCCUAACGAUAACUCUCUUCUAUUUAUAGAGAGUUAGAAGGGUUCAUAGUGUAAAAAAGUGGGGUUUAGAUAAGAAAUUCCUAUUACCUGAGAACCGAAGUGAUACAGUAAAUAUCGUGUAAAUAUAAAAAGUUAUGUACUAUCUAUAAAUAGUUACUGUAAUUUAAACAAAUUAAAGCUUUUGAAUGUAUGUGAGUUAUCCAGAAAAAUAUCUUGAGUUUUA